AUAAUUGUUACCGGCGCAUAUUUGCUAAUUGGCAUUGGAAUUUAUUAUUUAAUUACAUUCUACGCAAACCUAAAUAAUUAUCCACCUGGUCCUACUCCACUCCCUCUCAUUGGAAAUGUAUUAAUGUUUCGUAACCACAAACUUGCAUGGCAUGCAGAGGUCUCCAAACUGAGCAAGGUGUAUGGCCCGGUGUUUACCCUAUGGAUCGGUCCCUUACCAUUCGUGUUUAUAUGCGACCUCGAUAUGGGUCGCCAGGCGUUUAAUAAAUGUGAUUUUUCCGGUAAAAUAUACAAUAACGAAAAACACGCGGAUAUGGUAUUUAAUGAUCCUGGUAAAUGUUUGGAAAGUCUACGCCGAGUAUCGCUGACGGCUAUUCGAAAAUACGCGAAAUCUAAGGCAUUGUCUGAAGUGGUGGACGAAAAUGUACGCCAAAUGGUUGACAAUAUUGCUAAAGAUGUGGCAAUUAAUACACCAUUUAAGCUGAAACCAUACGCAUACAACACGUUUGUUAAUAUUAUGGGUGCCGCUGUGUUUAGCAAAAAGAUUAAUAACGAUCAAGAUGUGUUUAUAAAAACAAAGUAUCUGAUAACGGAGUUCCUCACUGACCUAGGUCCAUCGCUAUUUCUCUACCAGUUUGUACCGGUAUUACAGUAUUUAAUGGCCGAUCCGUUGGCUAAAUAUAAGCAAUACUUCACUGAUUUAAUGACUUAUACGCGAAAUAUAUAUCAAACACACGACAAGACUCACGACAGCGAGAAUUUGUGUGACUUUUGUGAUAUACUUAUCGCCGCUAAACACGAGGCCAUUGCCGACGACAAACAGACGGCACCCUAUCUUACCGAUGAUAACCUACCGGCGGCUUUGAUCGACAUGUUAACAGGUAGUGAAGAUCGUGUUGUGCUAGAUGAGUUUUAA